CAUGGAUCCAGAAAAAUUUGUUCAGUUCCAGCAACAAAUGCGAGAAAACUCUACUGAAUAUCAAGAUUUUCUUAAAGAUUUAGAUGGAUGGACUGACGAUAUUAAAAAGAAGGAUGAAAAGUUAAAAACUGUUAAUAUUGAAGAAAAAUCGCAACUACCACCGAUUAGAAAUAGUUUGAGUAAGAAGAAAACAAAGAAAAAGUCAAGGGAACCAAAGAACACUAAUAGAAUAAGCGGCUUUGAUUUUAAAAGCUGGGAUAAGUACGAUGUGGACAAAGCCUUGGAAGAAGUUGACCAUGAAGAGGACGAAGAAGAAUAUGAAACAGAUGAAGAAUGGGAAGAAAAAAGAACAAAGGAACAAGCAAAUUUAUUAAAAGAGCAAGGAAAUCAACGAUUUAAAGAAGAAAAAUAUGUCGAAGCAAUUGAAUGCUAUACAAAUGCAAUAAGGCUGGAUCCUCAAAAUGUAGUCCUUCUCUCAAAUCGCUCAAUGGCUUUGUUAAAGCAAAAUAAAUUUGGAGCGGCUGAGGAAGAUACAUCCGUUGCCAUAGCUAUAGACAAUACAUUUGGAAAGGCCUAUUAUAGACGUGCGAUGGCCCGUAUAGGCCUAAAUAAACUAGAAGCCGCCAAAGCGGAUUUGGAAAAAUUGUUAAAACUAGAGCCAAACAAUAAGUUAGUAAAAAAAGAAUUAGAAAAAAUUGACAAACAAUUAAAUCCAGAAGAUUUUAAUGACGUUGGAAUAGUUAAACCUAUUACAAAACCUCCACAUAAAAGAUCUAAAAAACCUUUAAGAAAGAUAAAAAUUGAAGAAAUUGGCAAAUCAAAACAAGAUAAGCCUGCUAAAAAAAUUCAAGAAAUUAGUCCAAUACAAUCAAAAUCUCCACAAAUUGUUAAAGAGCAACCUAAAGUUACACAAAUAUUGACAACCAAAUCAACUGAAAAAGAGAAUAUGGUAUUAGAAGCUCCAACUUCAUCAUUGCAAUUAGAAAAGACUUGGAAAGCAAUUAGAGACGAUAAAAAAAAUUUACACAGCUAUUUUGAGAAAAUCGAUAAAAAGUCUUAUACUAAAUUAUUUGGAUUCUGGUUUGAAACUUGUAUUUUGGAAGAUAUUUUAGAAAUAUUAAAGAAAUUUUACAAGAAUAAAGAAGCCUUCUCUACAUUAUUAGACAUAAGUCUAAUCAAGCGCUUUUCAACGGCCUAUUCAUUCCUUGAAAAACCCUAUAGAGAUUAUAUAAAACAAAUAACCGAUGAGUUUUCAAAUGAUAAUGAGUUUGAUAGGAAGGUCGUUGAAAGAUUCAUAAAACUUCAAAGAUAA